AUGGGAGCUGAUUGGGGACCAGUUAUUGCGGCAGUGGCUUUGUUCAUCCUCUUGUCACCUGGUUUGUUGUUCCAGUUUCCAGCAAGGUAUAGGGUGGUUGAGUUUGGCAACAUGAGCACUAGUGGGAUUGCAAUUUUGAUUCAUGCCAUCAUAUUUUUCUGCAUACUUACCAUCUUGGUAGUAGCAAUAGGCAUUCACAUACACAUCAACUGA